AUGGUUGUAAUUGGAGUGGAUGAGAGCAUAUGCAAUUUUCCGUCCGUCGCUAAAGCAGUGGUCGUAAACGGCUACUUCUACCUUAUGAAGCAAGCGUUCUCUGUUGGGACUAAAACCGCUGAAAAAUCCCUGUUCUUCCAUAUCGAAACUGCAAAACUGAUCGCUAAAGGUGCAACAGCGGUUAAAAAAGAAAUAGUGGACGUACGAAAUAUGGAAAUACACUAUCAUAGCGCUGGAGAAGGAGCUGAUGAUUUAACUGUUCAUAAGAAACUAAAGAAAAGUCUUACGGAUGUGAUAGAGAAUUAUAUUCUAAUGUUCGAAACAAUGCAAACCCUAAUAAAAUGGAUAUUUAUUCCUAUGACACUAUUUUGGCCAUUUAUUACGACAGCAUUAUUCACGUUCAAUUUCAACUACCGUGAAGAGUACGAGAAUAAUUAUUUGACCGAUGAAUUCGAUAAGAUCGAUUUGGAUAUGAUGUUAAAAGGCAGGACCAAGGCUUUACCAUUGAAUAAGGAUGAACAGCUAUUGUAUAUCCCGAGAAAUUCAUGGAAGAUGACCACAAGAGAGAAAGCAUUCUAUAGGCUACGAAUUACGAUGACGUUAAUUCUCAGCGCUACUCCAUUUUGUUUUAUUUGUAUGGAUGAAGCAGUAUAUAUGAUUUUAUCGAACGUCUUCUAUUUUACGGGCCUAAUAAACGUUGAAUAUCCUUCACACUAUGAAAUUAAGGUUUCGGGAACUGGUGAAGCUGCUGAAAUGAUGAGAAGUUUUCAAAAUGUAUUUUCUCCUCUAACUUCUGAUAUCCAGGAGAGGGACGAGAGAUGGAGAAGCUGCUUUGUCGAGCCAACCCCUCCUGACUACUUCACAAUCCGAAACAUCAUUCUGAUGUUCAUUGCAGCCAUGUUUCUUUGUCGAUUCCAGGUCUGGAUGUCACGACAGUCGCUAGCCCUGGCCGAUCAUUUCUUCCCUGAUAGAGUGAGACCUAGAGCGUUGACUUUGUACAAUAAAAUCCUACAAGAUCGAAAAAAUAUUCUUGGAGCGGUAAUGAACCAGCAAAAAAAACAACUUGCUGAUGAUCAGAUGGAAGGACGUGAGACGGUAGUGCGGCGUGGAUUACAGUCAAGAGGAUUCAUACGAGUGAACUGUAGCAUUUGCAACGAACCCGACCUUCGUCUUGCUGAUGAAUCAAAUACUCGCAUUUGUGUCGUAUGUGGAGCAUUCUACUGUAUCCAAUGUUUUUCCCUUCGACGAUAUUGCAAAGAAUGUCAAAAUGAUAUGCAAUCGAUCGAUCGAGUAGAGCUCUACUAUGAAGACGUUAGCGAUGAUGAGGAAUCCGAUGAAGAAGAGGACGAGGAAGCCGUUGAAGAGUAUCAGGACAUACAAUCGGAAUCGAAGUACAAGGUUUCGGGCGUGAAAUUUCCAUAA